UGCCUUUAUAAACUCUGCAACAUCACAAAGGGAGUUACAGCAGCUUUGUUGUCUGACAGCAGUAGACCAACGAAGCACAGUUUAGUGAAAAGCGACUCACAUUUAUGCAACGUUUAUUAUUUAUGCAGAUAAAACAUUUUUGUAGAAACGUUUGAAAAUUCGUUUUUUGACAACAUUGCAUAGUUUUUCAAUUGAAUAUUUAACAAUGUUUUGGUCGGUCAUCUGCGCAACUUUUCUCCUUGCUCCUUUAGUUUGCGAGGCAAGAACCAAGCGAUAUGUCAUCGGCUGUCCAGAUAAAUGUGACAAAUCUCUAUGUCCCCCGAUCCCUGCGGACUGCAUGGCCGGCGACAUACUUGACCAAUGCGACUGUUGUCCGGUCUGUGCGUCCGAAGAGGGUGAGGCAUGCGGCGGCACAGGGAGAUUAGGGGACCCGGAGUGCGGAGAGGGCAUGGAAUGCUCGAUAACGGACGGCAUUGGGGUGUCCGCCACUGUGAGGCGUCGGGGCAAAAGCGGUGUGUGCGUCUGCAAAGGUUCGGACCCGGUGUGCGGCAGUGACGGGGUGUCCUACCAAAACAUCUGCGAACUGAAGAGAGUGAGUAACCGGGCUCUGAAGCUGCAGCAGCCACCGGUCAUCUUCAUACAGAGAGGAACCUGUGGCAAAGGCCAGGAGAAUCCAGACAGUCUGCGCCACAGAUACAACUUUAUUGCUGACGUGGUUGAGAAGAUUGCUCCUGCUGUGGUUCAUAUUGAACUCUACCGCAAGAUGGUAUUCUCUAAGCGGGAGGUGGCGGUGGCCAGCGGUUCUGGCUUUGUGGUGUCAGAGGACGGCCUGAUCGUGACCAACGCCCACGUGGUGGCCAAUAAGCACCGGGUGAAGGUGGAGCUGAAGAGUGGCGCUACCUUCGACGCCAAGAUCAAAGACGUGGACGAGAAGGCCGACAUCGCCCUCAUCAAGAUCGACGUCCCGAUGAAGCUGCCGGUGCUGCUGCUGGGUCGUUCAGCUGACCUGAGGCCUGGUGAGUUUGUGGUGGCCAUCGGCAGCCCCUUCUCCCUGCAGAACACGGUCACCACAGGUAUCGUCAGCACCACCCAGAGAGGAGGCAAGGAGCUGGGCCUGAGGAACUCUGAUAUGGACUACAUCCAGACGGACGCUAUCAUCAACUAUGGGAACUCUGGCGGACCCCUGGUCAAUCUGGAUGGAGAGGUGAUUGGGAUCAACACACUGAAGGUGACAGCAGGAAUCUCCUUCGCCAUCCCCUCAGACAAGAUCCGUCAGUUCCUGGCAGAGUCCCAUGACAGGCAAUCUAAAGGUACAGAUUACCAAUCUAAAGGGAAAUUAUCAACAAGUAAGAAAUAUAUCGGUGUGAGGAUGAUGACUCUCACACCAAUGCUUGCAAAGGAGCUGAAGGAGAGACAAUCAGACUUCCCCGAUGUUACCUCAGGGGCAUAUGUAAUCGAGGUCAUCCCAAAAACACCAGCUGAGACAGGUGGCCUGCAGGAGAGUGAUGUCAUAAUCACCAUCAACAGCCAGCGAAUCACCUCAGCCAGUGACGUCAGCAGCUCCAUCAAGAGGGAAGACACGCUGCGCAUGGUGGUCCGGCGGGGGAACGAGGACGUCAUGCUCACCGUCGUCCCAGAGGAGAUUGACCCUUGACCUCUCAGCAACCACGAGCUGGUUCUCAGUGUUGAAAAUCACGGACCUUAAACCGGGUGUGUCUGGAGCCACACCCUACCUUAGAACCUGUAACUACUAGUGUCUCCCCCCCACUCCCCUCAAACUACAGAGGUCUGUGAGGCCCACAACUAACCCUCUGGGAGCUCAAAUGUGUCCAGGGUAAUAAAGACAUAUUUUAGCACCCCU